GACCUGGCAGAACGGCUAGAUGUCGGUGUGGCCAUGGGCCUCAGCGUGUCCGCAGUGGGCGGCCAGCUUCUCUUCAUCGAAGCAACCAAAACGGUUGGAACUGGCAAGCUGACUGUCACAGGUCAGCUCGGGAAGGUCAUGACGGAAAGUGUGGAAACGGCUCUGUCGCUUCUCCGGGGCCGCUUCGUUCGGUAUUGCCAAA